GUGAUUUAUUUAAAGUGUUUGUUUGUUUACAUUUGGAAAACAAGUUAACCGGUAAUUUCAAUUUUCUUAGAAAUUGAAACUAAAUCAAUUAUUUUUAUUCACUUAUUAUGAUCAAUUAAACUUUUUUCAUCUUCUUUCAUUUUUCUGUGUUUAUUAGUUUUUCCAAUCAUUGGAGUCUCGAUGAUUAUUAUUGCCUUAAUUGCUUUGGCAAUUCAUCUGAUUAGUAAAAAGAUUAAAUUUGAAACUGAUCUUGGUGAUUUGUGGUGGCAAAUCAAAUGGGAUGAUUUAGUUUUCCCUGAGAAACAAAUUGGUAAACGAUCAACACUUUCUCUAGGAAUCAGUGAAUCCUCAUUCCAUAAAUCAGCAGCUUCGAUAGCGUCACCGAUUUCUUUGAACAGUUCACUUGGUACGACAUUGAAAAAUAUCUCUGGUGUUUUAGUUGCAAUGCACAAGGGAACUCGAGUUGCGGUUAAAAAUGUUGCGAUGAAAAAGUUUCAUAUGAAUAGGAAACUUUUGAUGGAACUGAAAUUGAUGAGAGAAACACUUCAUGAAAAUAUUAAUCGAUUUGUUGGACUUUGUAUCGAGGAACCAAAUCAUUCCAUAAUAGCAGAACUUUGUAUUCGAGGUAGUCUACGGGAUCUCCUCGAAAAUGAGUCCAUGCAAUUAGAUUGGGUCUUCAAGUAUGCGAUGAUUACUGAUAUCGCCGAGGGAAUGAUCUAUCUUCAUGGGUCACCGAUACAGUUUCAUGGUAAUUUAAAUUCAUCUAAUUGUCUGAUCAAUGAAAGAUUCACAGUUAAGAUAACUGAUUAUGGAAUUCGUGAGUUUAGAAAACAAAUUGAUCGAAUGGAAGAUUUUAACCCGAGGAAAUUUUUCUGGAAAGCACCAGAGCACCUUCGAGAUCGUGAUCCAUUCAAUUCAGGAUCUCGAAAGGGAGAUGUCUAUUCUUAUGGAAUAAUUUUACAAGAGAUCAUCACACGAUCGGGUCCAUUUGAAUCGAUGGAAAGAUUAGGCCGAAAAAGAGCCCACAUGGAACCGGACGAAAUUCUCGAUAGAAUUAGAAUGGGAAUGGUUCCACCUUUUCGACCUGAAGUUUCCAGUGACGAGGCUCCCAAAGAGCUAAUUACUCUUAUGCAUCAAGCUUGGCAUGAGAAUCCCGAUUGUCGACCUGAAUUUACGACAAUUAAACCCUGGCUACGUCGAAUUACAAAAGGAAUUUCAUCGAAAAAUUUAGUUGACAAUCUACUCAAUCGAAUGGAACAAUAUACCAAUAAUCUUGAGCGAAUGGUGGAAGAGAAAACGGAAUCACUUUUAGAAGAGAAGAAAAAAACGGAAGAAAUUUUGUACCAAUUAUUACCGAAAUUCGUAGCCGAAGAGCUUAAAAAAGGAGGUCAAGUUCACCCGGAAGCUUUUGACUCGGUGUCCAUUUUUUUCUCGGACAUAGUAGGUUUCACCUCAAUCUCUGCUGAAAGUUCACCUUUACAAGUUGUCGAUCUACUCAAUUAUCUUUACACCACAUUCGAUUGUGUCAUUGAAAAGUACGAUUGCUACAAGGUCGAAACCAUUGGUGACGCUUAUAUGGUCGCAUCUGGACUACCAGUUAGAAACGGAGAUGAACAUGUUCGUGAAAUUUGUCGAAUGUCAUUAGAACUUCGAAACAACAUGAGAAACUGUGUCGUCCCUCAUAGUCCAUCGAUUACUUUAGCCGUUCGAAUCGGUGUCCAUUCAGGUCCAGUUGCCGCUGGAGUUGUUGGUCUAAAGAUGCCCAAAUAUUGUCUCUUUGGCGACACCGUUAACACCGCAUCAAGAAUGGAGUCUAAUGGUGAACCACAUAAGAUUCACAUCUCGAAACAAACUCGAGAUAUUAUCGAACAACAUUACAGGGAAUUUAUCAUCGUUCCCAGAGGCGAAAUCGAGAUCAAAGGCAAAGGAAUCAUGAAAACCUAUUGGUUAGAGGGCGAGGCCAUUGAUCCAAAUCCAAAGAUUACAAAAAGAUGAUCAAUCUUACAAUUGAUUUCUAAUCAAUUAAUACAAAAGAGUAACAAUAAACGAGGAAAAAGUGAUUAGCUUUAAGUUUUAAUCAUGAUAAUUUAAAGAGUGACGAAAACUGAUCACAAAAGUUUUAAUCAAAUCGCGAAAUAAAAAAACUUAUCAUUUAUCAUAAUGAAAUUAUGAUUUAUAUUUAAAUGAUAAUCAGUUGACUACAUGUGCAAUAGUUAAGUAGCAAUCAGAAUCAUGUUAAUCAUCAUGAUUACCUACAAUUGCUGAUGUAAUUUGAAUGAUGAUAAUGAUUAUAAGGGAGAGAGAGAGAGAGAGCAUGAUAAUAGGUUCUUCAUGAAUUCUAAAAUGAAAUGGACGAAAAAACAGAAUUUAAUGAAAGUAGAGAAUGGACAAUGAUGACCAUCAUCUUCAUCUUCAUCCUUAUCAUCAUCUUAAUCUUCAUCAAGUUACCUUUAAACACCAUAAUUGGGUUCGUAUGAUGAUAAAGGUAAGAUGAAGAGAGGAAAAGUUUUAAAAGAUUACUAUUAAUGGAAAACAAGAAUGAAACUGAAUCACUCAGAUGAUGAAAGAGAGAGAGAGAGAGAGAGAGACAAAUGUCAUUGGCUUUGUGGAUUCAGUUGACCGUGGUUGCCCUAAGGGCAAACAGUCAAUGAUAACUUCAAACAAUUUGUACUCGUUUACAAUUAAAUGAUUGUCCUGUUAACAUUAUCAUCAUUAUCUUCAUUACAAUUAGUAGCAUCUUCCUCAUCCAUGCGACUUAAUCAUUAAAUACUAUUAAUAGUGUUGCACUAAUUUCAUACAAAAAAAAACCAUUUAAAUUGUUCAUUUUAAUUGUUACGAAUUGAGUUAAUUGUUGUAACUCCCACACAAACUUUUUAGAUUGAUAAAGCACAACUAUUAUAUCAAUAUUCCUAUGACAGUUUAAUUGUUGUUCUUAAAUUAAACUUUAAUUUACUUUUCAUUUUUUUUCUGAUUUAAUUUGUUGAUUGAUUUUUUUUUGGUUGAUAAUGUAAUUAAUAUAAUAAAAGUGAAUACUCAUCAUUAAAGUAUUGGUACAAAAGUUUAGGGAAACGUUAAUACAAUUAUUUUGGUUUCGUUGGGUUGAUUGUAGUAACAAAAAUGACCUUAAAUAAUAGUAAUAAUUAAAUAUAUAUAAUUGUGUAUAAAAGUUUUACAGUU